GUUACGAAUACCAACGUAAACAGAAACACAAUACAACACACUCAUGUCAUGUAACCAACACUCUCUCUCUCUCUCUCUCUCUCUCUCUGUUGCAUUUUGGUUAUGCUUUUACUCCUCACCACCCAAAACAAAAAAAACUCUAAUCUCACAACAACAACUAGUAGUACUAUACUGUACUACCAACUAUUACUAAUAACACCCUCCAUUCUCUCUCUUGGUGUAGCUACAUGAUUGGAUGUUGAAAAUUAACAAAACCUCUCUCUCUUUCUUUGCCUUUUUUUGCGGUACCUCUUGUUAAAAAUUUGUUCUUUUGAUUAAAACACAUCCAAGGGUUAUUGUUGUGAUGUGAGCUUCUCUUUGUUUCUGGUUUUCUAUUCGUUUUAAUUUUCUUUGUUUCUUAAGAGGAAAGUGGGGACCAAUUGAUACAAAUAUUCGCAAUGUAGUUAGUUGUUAUCUCAAGAGUUAUUUUUUAAGCUAUGAAAAUCAACUUUUCUCCAUCUGGGCUACCCUGCAAAAACCUACAUUUGUUUCAAAAUUUUGUCUUUGUUUGGAUCUGCUUUUGGGGUUCAAGAAUCUUUUAUUGAAAAAAUUUGAUGAUUUUUUUGAAAGGAGGAAAAGGAAGUAACCCCAUAUGAAGAAUUUGCAUUGGUAUAAACAAAUUUCUAACAAUGGAAAGUGUGGGAGGAGGCUUUCACUUGGGGAGUAUAAAAGAGCAGUUUCUUGGUCAAAGUAUUUGGUAUCUCCUGGUGCUGCUAUAAAGGGAGAAGGAGAAGAAGAAUGGAGUGCAGAUAUGUCUCAGUUGUUUAUUGGAUCCAAAUUUGCUUCUGGAAGACAUAGCAGAAUCUAUAGAGGUGUUUAUAAGCAAAGGGAUGUUGCUAUUAAGCUUGUUAGUCAACCUGAAGAAGAUGAAGACUUGGCUGCUUUUCUUGAGAAGCAAUUUACUUCUGAGGUUGCUUGCCUUCUUCGAUUGCGCCAUCCAAAUAUCAUUACUUUCAUUGCUGCAUGCAAGAAACCACCAGUGUUCUGCAUAAUCACAGAAUAUUUAGCCGGUGGUUCACUGAGAAAAUACCUGCAUCAACAAGAACCACAUUCAGUACCACAUGAACUUGUUCUGAAACUAUCCCUAGAUAUAGCAAGAGGAAUGGAAUAUCUUCAUUCUCAAGGGAUACUUCAUAGGGAUCUCAAAUCAGAGAAUCUCCUUUUAGGAGAAGACAUGUGUGUAAAAGUAGCUGAUUUUGGUAUCUCAUGCUUAGAAUCUCAGUGCGGAAGCGCGAAAGGAUUCACUGGAACUUACCGUUGGAUGGCUCCUGAAAUGAUAAAAGAAAAACAUCAUACUAAAAAAGUUGAUGUGUAUAGUUUUGGUAUUGUUCUUUGGGAGCUUUUAACUGGAUUGACUCCAUUUGACAACAUGACACCAGAGCAGGCUGCAUUUGCAGUUUCCUACAAGAAUGCAAGACCGCCACUGCCAUCUGAAUGUCCAUGUGCAUUUAGUAAUCUAAUCAAUAGAUGUUGGUCAAGCAAUCCAAAGAAAAGGCCACAUUUUGUUGAGAUUGUCACAAUUUUGGAGCACUAUACCGAAUCAAUUGAACAAGAUCCAGAGUUUUUCUCAACUUACAAACCAUGUCCUACAAAUAAAAUUAUGGGAUGCUUCCCUAAAUGUAAGGCUCGCCAAAAAUCUUUUUGACAAAGUUGUUGAUACUUGCUUACUGUACCAAUUGAUGCCUACUUGUCAUCAUGUAUUUCAUUAUCUCAAGAAUUGUCUGUUAUAUUCAAUCCCAUGAACAAUAUAUUUCUUCACUUAAUAAUUACAGUUCUCUUCCGGUUUAA